GGCAUUUCUCACAUAACUUCAGACAGCGCCUUGCUCUGCACACUCAGGAGUCCGCGUCGACCCCAGAUCCAAGAGUACCAGAAGAUAGCUCACGCCAUGUCUAAGAAAAUUGUGAUCAGAGCCGAUCUCGUCGGCAAGAAGUGCACGAGCGGGAUCCUGUCAAUCGUUUCCAAGCUCGAGGGGAUCAAGUCCAUGGUGGUCGACGAGGACAAGUGCACGCUGACGGUGGUCGGCACGGUGGACCCGGUGUGCGUGGUGCACCAGCUGAGGAAGUCGUGCUUCGCGGCGUCCAUCGUCAGCGUCGAGGACGACAAGCCCAAGGAGAAGAAGACCCCCUGCCAGGAGGCCUGCGAGAAGGCCUGGAAGGACAAGUACGAGAAGGCGUGCAAGGAGAGGUGCGAGAAGGCGUGCAAGGAGCCGUGCUGCGACGACUGCGGCGAGAAGGGGACGCCGUACGGCGGCCACGGGUACCGCUGCACGCCGGGCUGCUACUCCAGCCCCUGUGGCCUGCCCAGCUGCCACUACUACAGCUCCGGCUACGGCUACGGCAUGCGUGCGCCGCCCCUGGGAUACACCUGGUACGAGUAGAGGUCGCCCGGAACCGAAGGAUGAUGCGCCAUGCGCCGCCCUGGAGCACUGUCAUGGCGCGUAUGUACCUGGACUCGUUGCGAUUUUACCGUAUGUGGGUGUGCCAGUGUGUUUAGUACCGUAGUUCAUAUGCUUCGUGUCGCCAUUGUUGCAGUUUGUUUUGUGUACAUCGAUGAUUCCCUGGUUACUUCA